AUGGGGGUAGUGGUACGGAAUCUCCAAAAGGUGGUGCCUCUUCGCCGCGCUCGGCUCCGCAAGGAUGUAAACACGCUCAGGCACAUUUUGGGCAUCCAGAAGUUCGAUUUGGGCGUCAUUUGUGUGGAUAACCGCAGAAUGCAGCACAUUAAUAAUAUUUACAGGAAGAAAGACGAGCCCACUGAUGUCCUGUCGUUUCCAUUCCAUGAGGGCCUACGACCCGGUAAGAUGCCGUGUCCACUCCAUAGAGACGAACUGAACCUCGGGGACAUCUUCCUUGGCGUGGAGUAUGUGAUGAAACAGUGUCAGGAAGAGUCCAUCGAUCUGCACGCUGCCCUCACUGUAGUGGCAACCCACGGUAUCUGCCACCUGCUCGGCUACAGACAUGAAACGGAGGAAGAAUGGAGCGAGAUGCUGCAGAAAGAAAGCUACAUUCUAAGGGAGUAUACCAGACUGACAGGCCAACAUUUGCUUCCAAUGAUGAAGCCAUGCCAUCAGGACACGUGA